AUGCCUCAGGAACAGCAUCUCGAUGUCCUAGUGGUCGGUACCGGGUUCUCCGGCAUCUACACCCUGCACUCGAUGCUCCAACAGGGGUUGACCACGAAAGCCAUUGACUCGGCGCCUGAUGUUGGUGGCACCUGGUACUGGAACUCCUACCCGGGUGCCAUGAGCGACACCUGGAACCACAUGUAUCGAUACACGUUUGACGACGAGCUCCUCCGCACCUACCCCUUAUCUCAAUGGUUCGCCACCCAGCCCGAGAUACUCGAGUACCUGCGACAUGUAGUGGAGCGGCAUCGUCUGCGCCCGCACAUGCAAUUCCAGACGGAGAUGACGAGCGCCACGUGGGAUGAUCAUGCGGGCGUGUGGCGCGUGCAAUGCCAGACGGGGGACGUCUUCGUGGUGCGAUAUCUGGUCACCGCGCUGGGGCUCCUGCACAGGGCUUACUUGCCGGAUAUCCCCGGGGCCUCAAGCUUCCAGGGCGAGAUCGUGCACAGUGCCGCCUGGCGCCCCGAACUGACGGUGGAGAACAAGCGUGUCGGCGUAAUCGGGGUCGGGUCCACGGGCGUGCAGAUCGUGACGGCCGUUGCCAGUCAGGUCCAGUCGCUGCACGUCUUUAUCCGACGGCCGCAGUACAGCGUGCCCAGCGGCAAUCGACCCAUGACGCCUGAAGAGCGCCAGGACAUCGUGAACCGAUACCCCCAGAUUAUGCGGGAGGCGCGCACCUCGUUCAUCGCCAUGGGAUUCCCCGAGCCGUCGCGCACCCUGAUGUCGCUGGCGCCGGACGACCGCGAGAAGCUGCUAGAGGACCUGUGGCAGGGAGGCAACGGGAUGCGGUUCAUGUUUGGCGGGUUCGCCGAUGCCAUCACCGACGCCGCGGCUUGUGAAGUUAUCAGCGAGUUUCUGCGCAAGAAGAUCGCCAGUAUCGUGCGCGACCCGCAGAAACGCGCGGUACUGACGCCGCGAGAACUGUUUGCGCGCCGACCCCUCUGCGACAGCGGCUACUACGAGCAGUACAACCGGGAGAAUGUGUUCGCGGUGGACGCGCAGACACAUCCUAUUGUCGAGAUCACACCGCGCGGCAUCCGCACGGCUGACGACACCGAGUAUGAGCUGGACGUGAUCAUCUUCGCGACGGGGUUCGACGCGAUGGAUGGCAGCUACAAUCGAAUUGAGAUCCGCGGACGGGACGGGCAGCUCCUACGCGACAAAUGGCAGCAGGGCCCCAUCAGCUACCUGGGGAUCGGGAUAUCGGGAUUCCCGAACCUGUUUAUGCUGAAUGGACCCAACGGGGGAUUUGUGAACGUCCCGCCACUCACAGAGACCAACGUGGAGUUUGUGAGGGACCUUGUGCGGCACGCGGAGACCGUCUCGCGACGUCGGGGACGCCGGUGCGAUAUCGAGCCUACGGGAGAGAGCGAAGAUGCCUGGACGCAGCUCGCUCGGUCGUCGGUAGACGCCACGCUCUUCCCCCGCGUGCCGCAGUGGCUGACGGGCCGCAACGUGCCGGGCAAGUCGAAGGUUGUACCGUUUUAUUUCGGGGGGUUGGCGAGGCUUCGUGCCAAAUUAGCGGAGGUACAGACUAGAGGAUACGAGGGGUUCAAGGGACUGGAAGAGGAUUUGACACGGUUAUGA